UUAAAAAAAAGUGUUGUGUUCGAAUCGACUGAUUUGAAGAGGGUUUCACUUCACCUUAAUGGUUUGUCUCGUGCGGAAUGAAAAAUCUUGUUUCGUCCGCAGCGUACGCAAAGUCGCGUUCAAAUUUUCCCGCGCAGCUGCGCAGUAGCGGCAGUAGGCGGCGGGCCGUCGUGCGCAGUGGUCGAUGCGCGGCGUCCCCGGGCCGCUCGGUUUUUUCCCCGUCAGUCGCGCAACCGAAACAGGUCAGGUUGGGCAGGUCGUCUGACAGCGCAUCUCGCUCGCGGCGUCGCUGGUGGCCGCUGCGCGCUCCCGAGUACGAGGGUACUCACCCGGCGCGAUUCUCGCGCGUCCCGCGGGCGAAGGUGUCGGAGACGCGAGUGGCGGCGCGAUGCGCGGCGAGACCUCGCGACGCCGAGGGGCCGCCCAUCCGAGGUCGCGGGAGUUUCGGUAAGGACGAGCCCGGAAGACGUCUCCAGGACGUUCCCGGCAAAUGUGCGGCCCUCGCCCGACUCGGCCGGCCAGUCGUUCUCAACCGGGGAGCGGCGAUCGCAGACAAGUAGCGGUCCUCUUCAGGGAGGCGGCGGGGAAGAUGAGGACCUCGCCCCGAGGGAAGUGAGUCGAGAGUCGGCACCCUGGCGCGCGGCAAAUCGGGCCAGAGGCCUGGCUCCUCCUCGUCGUCGUCUUCGUCCACGGAGAAGCUGCAAAGGAUGCCAGGACCCGCGGCCGAGAGACCUCGCGCCCAUCGACUCACCGACAUCGAACCGCAGGCGGCCAAAGGACUAGGAUGCAAUCGUUCGGACGAGUUCAAUACACCUGUUAGUUCCGGAAGCAACAUGGGCAGCAUAGCACGAUUUCCCAAACUAGAUGAGUGUGCCCACUUUCACUACGAACAUGUGGAGCUUGGUGCUUUGGAGGUUUCCAUCAGCGAAGGGCCUAACGAUACUGACAGUUUUGCCGUCAGAGUAACAUCUGGUGAUGCGUGCUGGACCUUGCAACGAUCUUACGAGAACUUUGUUAUGUUCGAUAAGCAAUUACAUCGAUGCAUAUUUGAUAGGAAGUUUUCCUCUCUAACCAAACUUCCAGACUUGCAGCCAGAUAAUGCAGUCAAUCUAUUGAGAGACUACUUCAAUCGUUUCUCGCGGUUAAAUCACGAAGGGCUAAAUUGUGGACCAGUCUUAAAUUGGCUACAACUUGACAACAGAGGAAGAAGGAUUCUUGUACCGGAAUCGGAUUCAUGUCCCAUAAACACUCCUGCUGUUGCAGCUGCUUAUGCUGUCAGACCAUACACUGCUCAAGCACAAGAUGAAAUAUCCUUUCAGGUUGGAGAUAUGAUUUCUGUGAUAGAUAUGCCUCCUCCGGGGGAAAGUACUUGGUGGCGAGGAAAGCACGGCUUCGCAGUAGGUUUUUUCCCAGCAGAAUGCGUCGCUGUCAUCGGUGAUAAAGUGCCACGGCACUUGACAGUAUCCACCACUGUCCGGUCAAAGUUGCCGGUGAAACCGGUCCUUAGGAAGCACGGGAAACUCAUCGCUUUCUUCAGGUCGUUUAUCCUGAACCGACCAUCCCGAAGACGUCUCAAACAGUCCGGGAUCCUGAAGGAGAGAGUAUUUGGCUGUGAUUUGGGGGAACACUUGUUAAAUUCUGGUCAAGAUGUACCGACAGUGCUUACUUGCUGCGCGGAGUUCAUAGAAAAUCACGGUUUGGUCGACGGGAUUUAUCGGCUGAGUGGCGUAACGUCGAAUAUCCAGAGAUUGCGCCAUGCAUUCGACGAGGACCGUGUACCAGCUCUUCACUCGGACGAGAGCAUCCUCCAGGAUAUUCAUUCCGUGGCGUCGUUAUUGAAGAUGUACUUUAGAGAAUUGCCUAAUCCGUUAUGCACCUAUCAGCUGUACUCUACCUUUGUUGGGGCCGUCCAAGCUAAUACCGACGCGGAGAGACUACGGCGAAUGAGAGAUACUGUUAGGAAAUUACCACCGCCUCAUUACAGGACAUUAGAGUAUCUCAUGAGACACUUGGUUAGAGUGGCAGCCCGGGGCGCGGAGACCGGAAUGACGCCGCGAAAUGUGGCGAUAGUGUGGGCACCUAAUCUUCUGCGCUGCAAGGAACUCGAAGUGGGAGGCGUGGCCGCUCUUCAGGGCGUCGGAGUGCAAGCCGUCGUCACGGAGUUCCUCGUCUGCUACGCCGAGCUGAUCUUUGGGGACGGUCCCGUUGGCAGGCCUAAAUCCUUGGCCAUUGCGACGCCGGCGAGGUUGUUGAGCUUAGAAGAGGCGAGAAAUAGAAGCGUGAGAUGCGAGGCCGACUACAUCGAGGUGGGAGCUGGUCCUGCCGGGCUACCCUUGCACUACCACACGGUCAUAGAACUGCCGCGGAAGAGGAAUGGAUCGAAACGAUCGCCCUCGUUGAACUGGAGAGCUUUAUUUGGCAGAGGCGCGCCGGGAGCUCGCGGAAAGGCCAGGCAAGUUGGCACUCCGCCGCAAACCGAGACCAUGCCAAACUCUUUGAAUUCCCUGAGACGAUUGCGACCCGUCAAGAGCGCCGACAGUUUGGACGGCGAGGACAGCCUAGGUCCUCUUUUGGGACCACCGCCCACCAGACCAUGCGGUCAUAGUAGAUCGGUAUCUCACGACUCCUAUUUCGAUCACCUGGCGGACGCUCCGAACGCGACUUCACCCUUGGACCUCUCCGAGAUACAACUCAACUUUGACCUGGAGGAACGAGAGAUGAGGAUGUUCUCCGAGGAAGAGGGCGGGGGGAUUGCCUCGGUUGAAGCUUCGCCGCGAAGGCCGAGGAUAGAGGGCCCCCAGUGCACGGUAGCCAGUGGCGGGUCUAAGAGGAAGAGGUCCAGACUGGAGGAAAGGCUGCAUUGUGAGGUCGAGUUGAGGUUCAUCGACAGCCAGAGUCCUGACCAGGUCAUGGUUUCCGCGGACAUCCACGGGUUGGAAACGCCAUCGCCGUUGCCGACUCCGGGCUACUUGCCGCUGCUUUCCGAGGCUUCGACCCCGUUGACCCCGGCGACGUUGCAGGGAACGCCGCUCUCCAUCUCGCCAAUACCGGCGAACAGUCCUAGAAUAAGUUUCCGAAGUUUCACCUUGCCGUUAGACGUCGACAACGAGCCAAACAACGCGGAUAAGUUGAAUAGGGGUAGCUCGUCUUCCGAAAAGAUAUCAUCCGACCCUAGUCAUAGACUGUCUAUAAACGUAGACGAUCAGAACAACGUCGAGUCCUGCAAGAGAAUGUCGGCGUACAGCAACAGGCUGGUAGAAUCCUACGAUAACAGAUCGACUCCAUCUGCAGAUAACGCGAAGAUAAAUUGCGAGAACAACGGCGUGAUCGAAUCUCAGGACCACGAGAUGACCCCUUGCGACAGGCUAGGAUCUCCUUGCAACGAGACGACCAAUUCUUGCGACAUGAUUGCAUCUUGCAAAGCUACGUCGUCCGCUAAGUCGGGUUUGCACUCGGCCGAAGAUAGAGGGCAGCGGGAUCGCGAUAGCAUGCAGAAUGUACAGAAGUUACAAGGUACAAGGAGCCAGGAGAGCCCGAGUUCCAGAUCGGCCGACUCGCAGGACGACGAAGUGGUAGCAGCGGCAGCUGCAGUUGCCGCUGCAGCAGGGUCCAGCGCACACGGGAACGAUCUGGCGGGGCUACCCUUGUCCAGUGCAACGGACCUGGACUCCCCAAUGUCCUGCGAGCAGACCUUGGAGGACUUGCCGGACUCCGGUUUCGUGAUAUGCGAUAGUUCCGAUAAGAUGUUUACGAGCACCGAGACGCAGCAGCUGAUAACGAACACGAACGACUCCGGGGAGUGGGUGAUGGUCGAGCGUACUACCGGGUCGAUCACCACGCCGACCAGCGAGUCCAGCAGUCCGAAGGACCCCCUGGACGGCACGGUUAAUCCCGCCAUAGCUACGGAAACGCCCCAACGGCGAUCGAGGUCGGAGAACAUCUCGAGAACGUCGUUGGACCUUACUAUGGGCUCUACCGCGGACACGGACACGUCCUGCAUCGGGGCCAGCGAGUUGACCGAAAGUCUUUUACUGGUGCAGGAUACAGGAGACAUAACGCUCGACGUGGCGGAAAACAAGGGAUGCAAGACGGCCACGGACCAACAAGAGAUGUGCCAGGGAACGGAACCCGCCUCCGACGUGCACGGAAUCGUGCAGAACGAAUCCAGGAUCUCCAACAGGGUCUACGAUAACGAUCGUUUGCGGGACCAGAGUUGCAGACAGAACCAGGAGAACGGGAACGACAAGGAGGGUACCGGGGACUCGAGCGACUUCAACGUUCGUCAGGAAAGUGGAGAGCUGGAGCGGGAACACGAUGGAUCGGGCAUGUAUCAUCACCGACUGGAUAACGAAAACGUGUAUCGCGUUGAUAGGAUCCAGGCUGCGGAGACGACGAAGCACUUCGCCGGGGAAGAGAAUCUACAGAGGUUGGAACUCACGGAUGAGAACUUCGAUCGGCCACAAAAGCCAUGCUCGGUGCAGGAACGAGAGACGGGUUACCCCCAAGGCUACGACCAUCGGGUUUUCGCGGGUAAGGCAGAAAAGGAGAUGGCUAAUCGAGGCGUGGCCCGAAUGGUGGCUGCUAGUCCAGGCGAGGAGCAGCGGUUAUUUGAGAGGACCAGGGAGUUCGCCGAGAGGAGUGCCGAAGAGAACCUUGGCCAGCAGCGGAAGUACCUACCGAAGGCCAUGCAGGAGACGGCGAAUCGCAACAACGGGCAAGGUGCCAGGAUGGGCGAGGACGUCGGAGGGGCAGCGACGAUCCCCUCCGAGAGCGCGGCCGAGCCGUGCGAGGUCGCCCACGGUCCCGAGGGGGCCUCGGGGUCGACCUCGCUGGACUCGUCGUGCACGUUUUCCGACCCGUCGUCGCCGGUGGACGAAUCAUUGGUGCUCCGGGACACGGCGGCCAUCUUGCAGGAGCUCGCUCUGCAGAGACUCUCGGGCGGCUUGUCGGGCGACCUGCAGGUCUCCACCAGGAGGCGCUACGACUCGGAGGUCACUCCCAGGGAGAGGCGGAGCUUCGACUCGGAGAUCGGUCGAGAGAUCAUCAGGGAGCGGAAGAUGCGCCAGGAGCUCGACUCGGCCAGGGGCAGGUCCGAGGAGCCGGCCAACAACGGGGCCCAGCGCCUGCCGCCCUGCCUGCGGGCCAGGCACGCCCGGGGGACCAGGGCGGCCCUCAGCAGGUCUCUCGACGAGGGCAAAUUCAACCGCAUGACCGGGGAGGCCUCGUUCGCGUCCAAGCAGGGCUCCGAGGAGGGCCAGCACGGCUCGAGCCCCGAUGUCGGAGCCCAGACCUGCUCCAUGUCGGCCGGAAGCAGCGUCGAGAAGGUCGUCCAGUCCAAGAACCUCGGCGGCCUCGACCUCGGCGAUCCCCGGUGCCGCGAGCGGAUUGAAAAGUACAAAGAGGAGAGGCGCACCUUCCUCAGGGACAAGUACCGGUCCGAGAGCUUCCGCGGGACGACCUCGAGGACGGAGGACGACACCGAACAGGCCCUCCUGGCCAGGCUCAAGCAGCGGGCCUCGAGGCCCUCUCUUCAUUGACCAAGUGAUACCUAUUCUUUCUGUAAGCUCUCCGGGCAAGCCCUGGAUGUCCGGCUCUCUGUCCCCCUGUCUCCGUAGCUUCGCAAAUUAAGGGGACGCCAAAGUGGUGUCCAUGGGGUCCAUUGUUCGUCAUACUUUUCUCCGACCUGGGCGGAUCGAAUUGCUUCAAACUAUAUGACGUGUGAAUAUCCAGGCUAUGGGGAAGGUCCUGACCCUCGUGAGAUUCAACUGUUUUUUUUUUAUUAUUUAAAAAAUAUCUAUAAACAAAUUUUAAACAUGACAUUUCAUGGAUGUCGGGACCUUACUUAUAUUGUCUCCGUGUUCACGCUGUGAAGUUUGAAGCAGUUCGGUACACCCGCAACUGUACAAGAGUUUCAUAAACGCGAGACUUCUUUGGCGCCGCUUUUGCAUCGCCUUAGCGCUCGAUUUGUCUCGUAGGGGUCCAGUGGUCCUAGGGCAGCCUCGUUGUUCCAAGAGAUGGGCACCGUGGACGUGGACUCUCGGUUGGCGACCGACGAGUCGACUCUAUUGUUGAGUGGAGCGGGUCCGCGAGGAGACCCUUGGAGAUAUCCAACAUUCCUAUCGAUAUUAUCGUCAACGAUCUUCCCCGCACCUAUUGGAUUAGUUAAGGUUUCGUUUUUACGGUGAUGUGUCGAUGUGCGUGUGUGUACAGGUCUGAUUACCGGCUGGGAUAAAGUAUUGCUCUCGAUGUGUGCACGGUUACGUUAAUUCCGACUCGGUGACUUGAGGUGUAUCAGAGGCGGCCCUGUUAUCGCGCGACUUUGCAUAUUCGACUUGCCUUCGAUUGUUGCGCUUUUUUGGGAAACGAAAGCGCGGAACGAUGACGCUUUCUUUUUCAUUUAUUUUCAUUUCUUUUAUCUUUUAUAUUUUUUGGACUUUCGCGUUUGGAACCAACGUUAAACGUUCCUGGACCAAAGCGCAGCCGAAGAGCUGCGUCUUCGUUGGUAUUUUAAUUCGUCCAGCGAUGAAGUAUUAACAUUAGUUAAGUUUAAAUCUCUCUUUUUUUCGUUUUCCUCGUUUUCAUUAACAAAGGAUUAAUCGUUAUGAAAUUUGAAUGCUCGGCCCUGAAUCAUAUACAUGAAAUGUAAUCUCUCGAUUUAAGCGUUCCGUGGUCGUUAUCGCUUUGGAAUUAUUCUCAUUGAUUUCCGAACUCUGGUACACUGUCUCAAGCCUUUGCUCGCUGAUUGUCGGGAAGAAGACAGGCGAGGGAACGCUGAACUCUCUCUUUAUAAUUUAA